GUCAAGGGCGGGACUAUAUGGGUGGUUACACACAAAAAAAAAAACCCAAAACGUUGCGGUUUUAGUCCGACCCACUCAUUCACACACCUGCGAAAUAUUCACCGAGCGCUCACUCACCACCACCGCCGCGCUUCGUAAUCGUUAAAUCUCAAACAGUGGUGGUUUUAUUUGAUUUUGGCGCUAAUUUGCCGUUUGUUUUUAUGGCGUGAUAUAACAUGCGUUGUUCGGAUUGGGGGCGUGUCUCCAAGCGCUAUCCGUAGGACACAUUUCUUUUCCAUCUGUUGUCCAGGGACACUUUUAACAAGGAUAUUUUGACCACAUAAAUUAGUAGUCAGACAGAUGCACCCAAACGCCUGUCUCUUGGUAGUGUAGAUUAGACCGCAUUCACAACAUGUAGAUAUAGGUGCUCGAUAUCGUCUCUCUCUGUGAGGGUUUUUAGCUGUAACUGUUAGCAGUGCGCUUUCAGUUCCCCUUUCUACUACUGAAGCUGAACGGGCCCGUCUCAUCUCAUAAUAUCCUCAAACAUGGAGCACGCCGGCUGCGUCAACAUCUGCAGUCUCACCAGCACCUUACCGGUGAUCCCGUAUCGGAAACUAACGGACCUGCACUACAUCAGUAAGGGAGGCUUUGGGACCGUGUUCAGGGCGCAGCACAGCGACUGGCGCACCACAGUGGCGAUCAAGUGCUUAAAACUGGAUUCACCGGUUGGUGAGAGGGAAAGGAAUUGUUUAUUGAAGGAAGCUGAGGUGCUUCACAAAGCUCGAUUUAACCACAUCAUCCAGAUCUUUGGGGUGUGUAACGAGCCCGAGUUCUUCUGCAUUGUGACUGAGUACAUGACCAACGGAUCACUGGAUGAACUCCUGCAUGAGAAAGAAAUGUACCCAGUGGUGGCCUGGCCAUUGAGGCUGCGUGUGCUUUAUGAGAUCGCUUUAGGAGUAAACUUCCUCCACAAUAUGACGCCACCCCUUCUACACCAUGACCUUAAAACUCAGAACAUCCUGAUGGAUGGGGAAUACCAUGUUAAGAUAGCUGAUUUUGGCUUAUCUAAAUGGCGCCAGCUCUCUAUCACUAAAGGGUCCGGCUCCAAACCUGCUGAAAUGGGAGGCACGGUCAUUUAUAUGCCACCUGAGGAGUACGAACCCUCCAAGAACCGCAGAGCUGAUGUCAAAUAUGACAUGUACAGUUACGCCAUCAUCAUGUGGGAAGUGCUUUCAAGACGGAUACCAUAUGAAGAGGCCACCAAUCCCAUGCAGAUCAUGUUCAGCGUUCUCCGCGGAUCUCGACCCGACACGGGCCUGGACAGUCUGCCAGCAGACAUCCCCAGCCGAGAGACCCUCAUUAACCUCAUGACCUGCGGCUGGACCACCAACCCAGAUGAACGGCCCUCCUUUCUCAAUUGUCUUAUUGAACUGGAGCCCAUGUUGAGAAGAUUUGAUGAGAUUGAUUUCUUGGAAGCAGUGUUGGAAGUCAAACGAAGUAAGUAUAUGAGGCCUUCAAGCUGCUGCUCAUCGACAUCGACAAAUGGGAAAAGAAUCGAAAAGAUUGUGAAGGAGCAAAAUGUUCCUUGGCCAGACACAUCUGGAUCAGAAUCCUUCUCUUCCCAGGAAGCAGAAAUUUCCCAUCCGGGCUUCCUUACCAUAUCAAAUCCCUCUCAAGGUGUGUCAGGUGCUCAGGCUGGUCCGCAGGCAUCAUUAUUGUCCCUUCCACUUGAUCCUCCAAAGCCUCUUAUGGACCACUGCUCUCGGAACAACCUCAGCCCUGAAUACCAGACGGCGCAGCCCGUGUCCGACCUCAACAUACCUUACAAACCGCAUGCGCCUCUGAGUGAAAGAGACCUGGCUCUUGUCAUACAACCCCUCACGCUGCAGCCACACCCACAAGAUUUUGUCACGGCAUCGGACACUCAAGGUCCAGCGGCUCGCUGGAUUGCUGCCCGAAGGGAGGACAUCGUGCGGCAGAUGACGGAGGCGUGUCUCAAUCAGAGUUUAGACGCUCUGUUGUCCCGUGAGCUGCUGAUGCGCGAGGACUAUGAACUGGUCGUGAACCAGACCACACGUACCGCCAAAGUGCGGAAGCUUCUGGACACUUGCGAGCGGCACAGCGAGGACUUCUGCCGCGUGGUGGUGCGCAAGCUCCAGGACAACAAACAGAUGGGCCUGCAUCCCUACCCCGACCUCAGCAACAACAGCCCUCCACCGCCACCUUAUACCGCCCCCAGCGCCCCCUUCCUCUCCAGCUCCUUCAACAACACACAAAACUUCUGACCUUCUCCCAGCUCCCAAUCACUGCUCUUGAACCGGAGCUCUGUGAGUCCUUCUUUCAGUUAAGGAUGGUUCCUGUUCACACGCUCUUAUAUUUGUUUGUGCUGCUUGGCGGAUACUUUGUUUGCCUGGACAAGUGCUUUUGCCCCUGUGGUUAAGGUGUUGGUGCCUAUGACACACUUUUUAUGGUAUCAACUUGAACAAGGCCGACUACGUUGAAAUAAUAACUUGGCUUGUGUUGAUGUAAUGCAUAAAUCCUUGAUGAAUGGGACACAAAUUGAAGCAGUACGGUGGGUUGACAUUGUCACAUUUAAACCUUUAUUCCAGCCAUCAAAAGAAUCUGGUUGCUGCUACACGGAAAAGCAGUGAAAAGCCUAAGCAAUCGAUCCUGCACUUUUUUCAUGCCAGCAAACUUAGUAAAAAACACACCCUCCUGUAAUGCCAAGUAACGUAUAUAUUACUACACAGUUACAUGUCUGGACUUGAUGAAAACUCAUGUGAAUCAGUGGUUUCGUUCUUCCUCGUUUCCCACAGUGGCACUCAGAGUGAGGGCUGUUGGUUGUUUCGCUUUGUGUUGAGUUCUGUGUUAGGGUUGGUGGACAGAUAGUCAGGGUAGACGCAGUUAAGGCUUUGAUGGAUUGAAAGUUACGUUGUAUUCAAUGGGUCCAGUCAACAAAUACGUCUUGAGAAUUAGACAUGAUCUUGAACAUCACCUUUUGAACAGAUGGUAUGCUGCAUACUGUGUAUCGUGGCCCUUUUUCAUUUGCAUCACUUUAAAUAAGAAGUUUGAAAUAAAGUCCAUUGGCACACCAAUGGUUUGAUGGUUUGGUCAUGCAGGGAUAGUUCACCCCAAAAAUGGUUCUGUCAGCAUCACCCUCAUGUCUUUCCAAACCUACAUGACUUUCUUUUGAAGAAUUUUUUUAUCAGUGGGGUUCAGUCAGUGUUGGUUUGUUUUGGACUCCAUUGACUUUUAUUGUACAAAUUGUCUUAGGAAGAAAGAAACUCAUACAAAGACAUGAGGGUGAGGAAAUGAUUUGAGUUUCACUCAAACAGGAAAAUUACUUCAUUUUUAUCCUUUUAAACUAUACUGAGUGCCAAAAGGUUAGCUUUGACAUGUUUGGAUUUUUGUGGUCUUUUGACAAAAAUUUUUUUGUUUUUUUUGCCCAGCUGGGAGUGACAGACUCAACAAACUGAGGUCUUUGCCUGACUGUUUUUUUCCAUUGAGUCAAUCAGAUGUCAUUCUUUCCUUGCUGACUACUGUAGCAUCUUGUUCAUAAGCAAUAUUAGACAACACAUUCGAUGAAGCCGAAUCAAUCCAGUCUGUAUAGGGCAGUACACUGGAGUCUAUAAUGAUGGAGUUCACACAAACUGGCUGAGGCCACCUUUACUUACAAGCCUUUUCUUCUCUUGUGUUUUUGUUGUUCUCAAAUGGCAUGUCAGUCAAGUAUAGAAGCCCGUUUCCGCCACUGAAUAAAAAAAAGAAAAAAGGUAAUUGCAACUUUUUAUCUGACAAUUCUCACCUUUUUUUCUUGCAAGUUUACAUCUUGCAAUUCUGUCUUUUUUUUUCACAGAAUUGCGUGAUAUAAACUCGCAAUUCUGAGAACAAUCUUUUUCCCCCUCAAAAUUAGGGCUUUACUACUCGCAAUCGUGAGUUUAUAUCUCACAAUUCUAUGAAAAAAAAAAAAGUUGCAUUUGCGAGAAAAGUCAGUUGCGAGAUUUUAUCUUGCAAUUCUGACUUUAUUUCUCACAAUUGUAAGUUUAUAUCACACAAUUCUGAGAAAAAAAGUCAGCAUUGCGAGUUAGUAUCACGCAAUCCCGAGGAAAAAGUCAAUUGUGAGAGAAAAAGUUGCAAUAACCCUUCUUUUUUUUUUUUUUUUCAGUGGCAAACGGGCUUCCAUAGUCAAGCGCGUUAACUCAAUAAAUAGGAUAAUCACUGACCUGCUUAUUGAACCGUAUGCGGCCCAGAUUUGUUCACACUUCAGCUUAGAUGAGUGUCUUUGAUAAGUUCUUUCUUCGUAGUAUUGUGCCAUCUACAGUAUGUAGCCUAGUUUGCACUGGUUAUCAUUGACUCCAGAUGUAGCAGCAGACAGAGGACAGUUUACAGCACUUUUAAUAGACUCUAGCAUGAAGCAACUGUAUUGAAUAUACUGAUGUUUACAUCACAUCUGGAUAGAUUUUAAGAAACGCUCCUGGCAAGACGCUUUUAUCGAGGAACAAAUAGUAUUGAGUGCUACUGUUUAUACAACGUCGCCAGUUUAGACCAGCAAUUUUUUGCCAUGUUGUUCGAAGUUUUGAUUUCCAAUGUUAAUUAUGCUUCCUAUGUUUUAAGUUAUUUAGAAACUAAACCAAAGGGAAUGCCUAGAGCUAGCACUGUAAAUAUCGUCUCUACUGAUCUUCAAGCAGAACACAAACUGAAAUUCAUGAUGCUGAAUUAAAUUUGUGCUGAUGCUUUGAUCUUUUUGGCUUGACCGAUGAGCCAAUCAUGUGCUUGAUUAUAUGAAGCAUUUGAUUUUUAUUUUUUGCUAAGUUUUCUCUUAUUUAGUGUUUUCAGGCAUUGGAUUCUUGUGCUGGUGGGUAUUGCAUGCGUCUGCGCUGUAGACUUCCCGUCUGUGCAAACAGACAUUGUUUUAGAGGCCUUAUCCUUACAGAGGUUGUGUAUUUUCCCUAGACUGAUUACGUUCGUCCUCUGGAAUGCCCUGAAAUUGGUUGUUUUAUGUUUCCUUCUCUAAAUUGGUCAUGCUGUAGUUUUGGACUUGAUUUCGUUCUUGCUGUUGGUGUUUGAUGUUAUUGACUUGUUUUCAAGGCAAGAAUCAGAUUUGUAGUUAAUAUUUUCUUUUUUUGAGCAGAAAGGAACAGCCUUUUUAUUACAGAUUUGUAUGUUGACUGUCCAGGGUUUGGGACCAUUUACAAUAUAAAGAGUAUUUGUGGUCUGUUAUUGUUUUGUAUUUAUUUAUACGGUUUCUUGGUGAUAAUUUACAUGCAUCUUAAGUGGUUUGUAAUGUUUUUAUAUAUAUAUAUAUAUAUAUAUAUAUAUAUAUAUAUAUAUAUAUAUAUAUAUAUAUAUAUAUAUAUAUAUAUAAUAUUAGUUUUGAAAAUAUCAUUUGCUUCUCAUUGCUGUACCAAUCCGGUGAUGCUAUGAGGCUGAAUGCAUCUUUAGAUUGUUCAGAGGCUGAAUAUACUUUAGCACUCAUCUCAGCAAUAUAUCAGACAAAUACUGAAUUGCCUAAUAGGCUCGUUAGGUCUGGAUGCAGAAAAUGUUGCAUUUUUGUUCAUAUCACAUUUAAAAUCACACAGGCUAGGGUUUUUUUUAAUGACUACUACUGAUCAAUGUAAAUUUUUUUUGCCUUGAAGCUCUUAGACUUAAAAUCUAAAUGGUUUGUCAUCUAAUAUAAAAUUACAAUAAUGUAUAGCAUAUGUAGCAGUGUACAAGUAGCAUACAUCUGUGCUCUGGUACUAUGUGAGGAACUUCCACAAAAAUGGUCAAAUUUGAAGUGUUAUUAAAAUGUGUAGAAUUUC